AUUUAAAUAUUAAAAUGAGUAAAAAUGAGGUUAAAAAUAUUAGUAAAAUGUAUAUUAAGAAUAAAUGGCAGGAACAGUGGGAUAAAGGAAGCAAUGCCAGAUUUUAUUAUAGCAUCCAAAGAAAAGUUGGAGAAUUUAGGAAAUGUAACAGGAAUAAAAAAGAAGAGGAUAUUAUAUCUAGAUUAAGGUUUGGACAUACAGGUUUAAACAGUACUCUUAAAAUAAUUAAUAAACAUGAUACAGGUUUCUGUAGUUAUUGUGGGAAAUUAGAAACAAUACAAAAAAUGUUAUUUGAAUGUAGUAAGUAUGUUCGAGAAAGGGAGGAGUUAAUUAGAAAUUUAAAUAGGAAUAAAAAUAUGUUAGAUAUUAGAAGUUUGCUUCAAAGAUCAUCGGGGGAUGUAGUUUUUAAUAGUAUUUUUAAUUUUCUAAGAAGAACAGGUAUUAUGGGAAGAUUAUAGUGAUUUUACAUCUGAUCCAUACUCCAGUCUAGAAGGUAGCGAUAAUGCACCUAAAAGUUGUUUGCCAACCGCCAUAAAGAAAAAGAAGAAGAAGAAGAAGAAGAAGUAGCUGAGUCAGUGUCGGCGUGUGUGAGGCUGUGUGUGAAAGUGGGCUGAGUGUCAGACGGUGAAGGUUUUCCUCCGCGGCUCGCAUGAAUUUCUGGAAGAUUCUGCUUCUCUUCGCUGCAGCAGCUGAAGCUGCAGCAGCUGCAGCGACUGCAGCAGCGACUGCAGCAGUGAACCUGACCGGGAAGGUUGGUGAUGACGUGACGCUCCACCUGGGACACAGACUGCUGAAACCCGGCGACAUGCUGGUCUGGUCCUACGGUCCAGAGACGGGGAAGGAAAAUGUUCCCUUCAACAUCGACAUCGAGAAUCAAAGUGGACGGAUCCGAAAAGACCAGUUUGAAGUGGAUCUGACCACCGGCGCUCUGACCAUUAAAAACCUCUCAGCUAAAGACUCGGCAGUCUAUCAUGGACAGAUCAUCAAUGGCAACGGGACCAAACGAAUCUUCAACCUGAUGGUGAAGGGGCCUGAACCCAUCCAACCCAUCCAACCCAUCCAACCCAUCCAACCCACAGCUGAACCUCAACAACAUGCAAACACCUGGAUCAUUAUCUGUGUCGUCGUUCCCAUUCUCAUUCUCAUCCUCAUCCUCAUCGGUUCCCUCAUUGUUUAUUUAGUGAAGAAGAAAAAAAUAUCCGACCAAAUAAUCCAGCGGCAGCGCUGCUUCAGUCGUCUGAUUCCCAGCAUCCAACCGUCUCCAUUCCUGACCAUCGAGCCUCAGCUGAUCCAAACUGACUCCUGACAGGAAAACCUCCACAUUUCCACUCAACUCUUUUCAGUUCUUCCACCAACGUUUCCUACCAGCAGCAGUGAACGAUGCAGACAAACAGAACCUCAACAUGUUUACAGUCAUUCAUUCAUUUCUGUUGCUACUGAUCGUGGUUCUCAUCACUGCGACCCGGUUUAUGUUUGUGUCAUUGUUUCAUGUUUCUAUCUGCCAACUUCAACAGUUCAAACACUGAAUUUACCUUAAUGUGCAUUAAUACAGUCAGCUAAAGCUAAAGCUAACAGUCUUCACUACCGUUGUUCUCAUGGGUUCAGCCAAUCAGCACCAAGGAAAAUAAAUGCUGCUCCAUCAUUUGCCGCUUCGCAAACACCAGCCAGUAAAGUGAGUUAAGUAGCAUUGCAGGUAUUUCAUCUUCCCAGAUCCAUUUUCAUUAAAAUAUUUUAUUCUAUAACAAACUAAACAAAAGUCACAUUUCACAGAAAACACUGAACUCUGAAUCAUUGUGCCUGAGCUUUGAUUUUACAGUAAAGACGUAUUCUGGGACGUAGGCGAUAGCCUCCAUGUUUGGAGGCCUUGAGUCCUCAACGCGGCCAUCGCGGGUUCGACUCCCGGACCCGACGAUAUUUGCCGCAUGUCUUCACCCCUUUUCUGUCAGCCUACUUUUAUAUCAGGGACACUAGAGCCCACAAAAGACCCCCUGGAGGGGUAAAUAAAGUAUUCAGUUCAGUUAGCAUUAGCAUUGCAUCUCGCUUCAAAGCUAAAUCCCCUAAAACCUUUUGAUGUUUGACGUUAAGAAGCAUUUUUCAUCUCAGGAUCUCAUAAGAGAAAAAGGGCGAGCAGGACAUUAAAAGAUUUAAAAGAUCUAACAGCUGAUUACCAAUCUUUUUAAAGAUAACAUCAGUGGAUAAGAUCAGCUUCACAUGUAAAAAUCAACCGAUCACCCAUCUCCCCAAAUUCAGGAAAUUGGCACCGAUAAAUCGCCUGGCCGAUAAAUCGGUUCACCCUUAGAAAGAACCAAAUAUUUGCUUAAACAUCUUCAUACUUUCUCUAAGUAUGUUGCCAUGUGCUCUUAUUUAAUGUUUAAAGUUAAAUUAUUUUAUUUAAAAACAAAAUUCUAAUUUAUUUGAAAUGGAGUCAAACAUAAUUAUAUGUAAUACCUGCAAAAACCUGGACCAGCAGUUUGUUGAGUAAAUGUCAUUAAUGUGAAUUUAACCUGAAUUAAAAAGAUCAAACUGUGUCUGGAGAACUGCUCUUUUUUUCUGUUUAUUUAUUAUUUUAAGUUUUAAUCUUCUCAGAUGUUUCUCUAACAGUCAAUAACCAUAAUUCAGUCUUUAUGGUAAUAAAACUCCAUCAUGGGA